AUGCCUCCAUCACGGACUUUAACCUCUGAGACUACAAAAUUAGUUACCGUAGACGCUACCCAGUUGAUAAAGCAACAUAGUGAGGCGGCUACUGAUGAAUCUGUCAAAGACGAAGCACCAGCCAAAGCUGGAUCCCCUCCAGGUCCUCCGGGCCCCGAGAAUCAGUCUACCCUUAGGGUUGUCUGUCUAAUUGUAUCAGCUUUUGUCGCCAUGUUCUUGGUCGCGCUAGACAGAACAAUCAUCUCGACGGCAAUACCCAAAAUCACUGAUGAAUUCAACUCCUUCGACGACGUUGGCUGGUACGGAAGUGCCUACUUGUUGACAUGCUGCGCAUUCCAAUUGUUGUUCGGCAAGCUCUACAAACUCUUAUCCGUGCGAAUCGUCUUCCUUGCUAGUAUUCUAGUUUUUGAGGUUGCCUCUGCUAUCUGUGGAGCGGCUCCGAAUUCAGUCGCCUUUAUAAUCGGAAGAGCGAUCUGUGGAGUCGGCGCUGCUGGUAUCCUGGCUGGCACUAUAAUGUGUAUCAUUCAUUCCGUGCCUCUCCAGAAACGUCCACAAAUCCAGGGACUUUUCGGCGCCCUUUUCGGCAUUGCCUCUGUCGUUGGUCCCUUGGUUGGCGGCGCCUUUGUAUCGAACGUGACAUGGAGAUGGUGCUUCUUUAUAAAUCUGCCAAUUGGUGGCGCAGCCAUGGUUUUCAUUGCUUUCUGCCUCAAGAUUCCCAAGCAAGAUACUGCAAAGGUAUCCUGGAGGGAGAAGCUGCUACAACUGGACUUCUUCGGCACUACACUUCUGGUGGCUGGAGUUGUCUGUCUCAUAUUGGCGCUCCAGUGGGGAGGCCAGGCAUAUGCUUGGAGCAGCGGUCGCGUCGUGACUUGCCUCGUUCUCAUGGCCGUCUUCCUUCCAUCUUUUGUCGCUGUCCAAGUCUUCCUUCCAAAGACAGCAACACUCCCGCUGCGCAUCUUUUCACAGCGCAGCAUCAUUUCAGGCUUCUGGCAGACACUCUGCAUCGGCUCUGGAAACUAUAUCUUUGUGUACUUCCUCCCAAUCUGGUUCCAAUCCAUCAAGGGCAGUUCGGCCGUGGAAUCUGGCAUCCGUCUGCUACCCAUGAUGAUAUCGAUGGUCGUCGGCUCAAUCGGUGGUGGAAUUACAAACUCCAAGAUCGGAUUCUACAACCCACUAGCGAUUAUCGGAUCCUGCAUCAUGUCCGUCGGAGCUGGUCUCCUCACCACGUUCCAGGUCGACACAAGCGAGGGGAAGUGGAUCGGCUAUCAGAUCGUCUACGGGAUCGGCCUGGGCUUAUGUUUCCAGGUCCCCAAUCUUGCUGCGCAGACCGUCCUUCCGAAGUCCGACGUGCCAUCUGGGCUAGCACUGAUGCUUUUCGGUCAGAUGAUUGGGGCAGCCGUCUUUGUGUCAGUUGGGGAGAAUAUCUUGGCUAAUCAGCUCGUGAAGAGACUUUCCGGGCUGCCGGGGUUCAACUCCAACCUUGUCACCUCUGGGGGUGUCACAGGGCUGCUGGAUACAAUGCCGGCGGGUCUGCACAACACGGUUCUUCAUUCUUACAAUGACGCCCUGCGGAAGGUGUUUCAGGUUGGCAUGGUUCUUUCUUGUUUGACUGUACUCGGUGCGGUUACUCUGGAGUGGAAGAGUGUCAAAACGGGACAGCCGAAGCCCGAUGCGGAGAAUAAGGGCCAGAGUGGAGAGGAAAGCAGUGCAAAAGCGCUGGAGGGCAAAUAG